AUGAACCUGGCGAGUUUUUCCUACUUUUCGUGCAGCAUGACGCCCGCGGAGGUGCAGCCCUCCAGUCCCGGUCUGGACUCCAGGAUCCCGGCGCUCGUCCACCAUCCACCGGGAGCCAAGGACGAUGUCGCGGUGAAGCCGGAGCCUCGAGGAUCCAGUCCACGGGCUGAUCCGGAGGAAGGGGUCGCGGUGGGGCAGCAGAGCGGCGGGCGGCGCAGGAAAAGGCCGGUGCAGCGUGGGAAACCUCCGUACAGCUACAUCGCCCUGAUAGCCAUGGCCAUCGCCAACUCUCCAGAGAGGAAACUCACCUUGGGUGGCAUCUACCGGUUCAUCACGGAACGGUUCCCGUUCUACCGUGAGAACUCACGCAAGUGGCAGAACUCCAUCCGACACAACCUGACCCUGAAUGACUGCUUCGUGAAGAUCCCAAGAGAGCCUGGACGACCUGGAAAGGGCAACUACUGGACUCUGGACCCUGCCGCAGAAGACAUGUUCGACAACGGGAGCUUCCUGCGGCGGCGAAAACGCUUCAAGCGAUCUGAUGUCAUGACGUACCCUGCUUUCGCGUUUACGCCGAGCCCUGCAACGCGCCAGCCUUAUUCGAACACCUUGUACCCGGGUGGGUAUGGCGGGUCACCGUUACCAAGCUCUACGCCUCUUCAUAUGCAUCCAUAUCAGCCAUCAACAGGGGUCGCUCAUGCUCACGUUCACGCUCACGGACAAAACCGAAUGUUCAGCAUCGACAAUAUAAUGAACCAACAGUCUGUUAUGGUUAAUGGACCCAGCAUGGACCUUCCUGUCCAGACACUCGGACUUGGCACUGGAGACCUGACCCCGAUGGCGAUCGCAAACUGUUCGGUACUGCCCCCUACUGACCCCGGUUUCCAGUCUCAAUCUGUUAACCCAGCCAACAUGCUCGGGCGGAAUAGCUCCCUCGGCCCUGUGAUGCCCGGUUACCCCACAUCAGCGUCCCCUCCUCAUCUAGCCAUGACCCCUCAGCCCGGCUUCUCACCCGGCGGUUCUUCAGUGUACUGCGCGACCAACAGGCACCCCGAACCGCUUCUCGGACUGGGAAUGAACCUGAACUCGUACAACAAUUCGUACAUGCGACAGGCAAACUUCGCCGCCGGGAUGGAUCGCUACAUGUGA